AUCAGAGCUUAGUGCUCUUAUAACGUUUCUGCUUUGCCCGAUUGUUCAAGAUGCACGACGCUGUUACAUAUCUACACGACCAAUCUCCGCCAUUUCGGCUUCCCAACACACUCAAGCCUUCACAUUACGACAUCUGCAUCGAUCCGGACCUGCCUGGAAAAAGAUUCAGCGGCCGAGUGACCCUUCAUCUCGAGGCUUUUAAAUCGACUAAUGUCAUCGCCUUCCAUACGCUCAGGUUGGAUGUAACACAUAUUUCAGUCGAGCGUGGCCCUGGCGGCACAGAGUAUCCGCGAAUCGAGUAUGUGACGGAACACGAGGUCGCCUACGCGCGGUUGCAGGAACAGCUUUCGGCAGGAUCGAAAUUCAUCGUGAUGAUGGAUUACCUGGGAGAGAUGACGGGUGCCGGUUCAAUGGGCGGCCUCCUUCCUUCUCCAUACCAAAUGCCCACUGGCGAGGUCAAGCUGGGCUUUGAGACAAUGAUGGAGCCGACCAUGGUACGAGCGGUGUUUCCGUGUCUAGACGAACCCGAAAUCAAGGCUACAUUUACGGUUUCCCUCUUUGUGGAUGCAGAUUUGACUUGUAUCAGUAAUAUGGACGCUGUGUCUGAAAAUCUGACCGUGACACUUUCGGGACAGACGAAGAAGAAGGUCGUUUUCGGCAAAACACCUCGCAUGUCGACCUACCUCGUUGUAUUCGUAGCGGGAUACUUCAACGUUCUCGAGAGCAACGAUUUCCAUGUACCGAUCCGGGUCUGGGCAGCAAUAGACAAGGAUAUCAGGGGCUCUGCUCUCGCGCUGAAAGUGGCAGUGAAGGCGUUGAAAGCCCACGAGAGAAACUUUGGCGUCAAGUACCCUCUGCCCAAACUCGACAUGGUAGCUGUGCCCGGUCAUGUCGGUGGUAUGGAACACUGGGGCUGUGUCACCUACCAGGAGAACGGCAUCAUCCUGAGCGACAAACCAUCUGCAGCUGACAAGUUGCGACUGGCCAGUCUGAUCACCCAUGAACUUGACCAUCAGUGGUUUGGCAACAUUGUUACCAUGGAAUGGUGGGACUCUAUAUGGUUGAACGAGAGCUUUUCGGACUGGGCCACAGUCCACGCACUCAAACAGAUGUUUCCCGAGUUCGAUUCUUGGGCCAAUUUUCUGGCUAGCGACCCUUCGGAGACUACGAGAGGUGGCUAUCAGGAAGCUUUGAGGCUCGACUCAAACAGGAGCACUCAUGCCAUACUGGACCCCAAUCUCCCACCGAGCGCAGCCUUUGAUACCAUCGCCACAAACUUGACCACGUACAAGCUCAACACCGACCAAGUUGGAUUCUACCGUAUCUCAUAUAACCUUUCCCGCAUACAUAAGCUCGGUACACAAUUUUCCGGCAAUCUCCUCUCCAUCAAGGAUAAGGUAGGUAUCAUUUCUGACCUGGCAGCCGUUGUGGGCACAGGCAGAGCGAACCGACAAAUACGUCUCUCAGACUUUCUGGACUUCCUACAGGCUAUCAAAGAUCAGGAGACAGACCUAUUUGUUUGGCGUGAGAUCCUGGCCCAGCUGGAAAACAUCCGUGCCGCAUUUUUGUUUGAUGAAGGUGGGACAGCCGAGAUCUUGCGGCGUGUGAGACUAGAGCUACUCAGCCAUUUCGCCAAGAAACAAUAUCUAGAUUUCCAGCAAAUAUUCUUCAAAACGCUGUUGUUCAGUCAGCUCAAGGAUCACCCACUAACUCAGAAGAUCGCCCUAGAAGCUUGGAACAAACUGAUCAAUGGUGACAAGGAUGCUCUCAACCCCAACAUCAGGAAACACAUUUUCGAUACCGUGCUCCAACUGGAUGGCUCACAUGAAACGUGGAACAAAAUAAGGUAUAUCGCUUACAACAAGACAUAUAUUCGUAAAACCGAUCCAGCUACGCCUCUGGACGCCCUAGAGGCCCUGGGCAGCUCGCCUAACCCCGGACUUGUCGCUCGUGCGCUGGACAUUAUCACACCACCAUCCUGCCCUUCCAGCCUUUCUAAUCCAACAGCCCCUAUAUUUAGCAAUAGGGUAGCCAUGUCAAGUAUUCUGCGCUCCUUGGGAAAACAUCGAACAGGUGCGAAGGCAUCUUGGGACUGGUUGCGGGGGGGAUGGCACCUGUUGCGACGCGAGGGCAGUAAAGGCUCCAUAAACAGCAAUGCUUACAUUGGUGCGGCACUGGGGGGUCUCUGUACAGCCAACCAUCUGGCGGAGAUAGAGCAAUUCUUUGCUGACAAGGUUGAUCAUUCAUUCCAGCUCGAGCUUGCGCAGGCCAUUGAUGUCAUUCGGGUACGAUUUCAGUUCUCUAAUGCGGACCAUGGUGAUCUGCUGGCAUGGGCAAAGAAACGAGGCUAUACUCCACAAAUGUGAUGGUGCUCGAGCACAAACUUCAACAUGUACAUAACUAGUAACUAGCAGCGUCCUGAGCAAGACUGUUAAGGUGCACUUAUUUAAGAUAUGUCGAGAAUAAAUGCGCCUGCUCUCGACCUGACUUCACUGCGGUAUCUGUCGAAUAUCACGUGUGUCCAAUCGAGUAGUCAGCAGUGCGUAAGAUUGUAUAUGAA